GACGGAAGCUAAAGACCCCCUCCCUCUGAGCACUGCCAAAGUACACUGUAAAAUCACUGUGCCCAUCCACCGAUGAGCCCCGGGAUCUCCCGCCAGCAACCAGAUGAAAGCCCCACUUAUCUCCACAGUGCCGGUCCCACUCUAUCGUAAAACGUCAUUCGGGCCUCGGAACAGAAGGGUGCAGUGCGCAAACCGCGACCGAAUUUCAAUUAAUCGCGAUUUUGCCUGUUUUCGCCUUCCGUCGUCUCUUUUGACUUCAGUUUCCAACCAUCACAUCAGCCUCAUCACCAACUUUGCACACGGAAACCUCAUAGCUUAUUCAGUAACUACAAGGGACGCGAUAAACGUACCGGUAUCCUCAUUAUCUCCAACCUUACGACCUUGUACUCUGCCGGUACCGCCGCGCAUCUGUCCAAUUCUCAACUCCAACCUCAAACCUCAAAACAUCACCACCAACCACACCCACAAAACCAAAACCACAAUGUCCCGCCGCCUCCUAACCCUCACCCGCCCCCUAUCGGGUCUCUCCAGCCUCUCCAGCCUCCCCAAAACCACAACCCGCUUCUCCUCCUCCUUCCUCCAACGCGGCCCCGCCCCUCCCCGUCUUCCGGCAGACCAACAAGCCGAAUUCGAGCGUCUCCAAGCCGCCGCCGAAGCCGCGCUGUACAGCCACGUCCAAGUUCCUCCCUCUACCACAACCACGCCAUCGUCACCAGAAAACAACUCCAAGCACGUCACCCAACCCUCUUCUUCCUCCGCAGGGAGGACCGACACAGUAACAGUAGCGGGCGUAGAAGCCCCGGUGGUGAUCGAAGACGUUGCCUCGCAAACCUUCAGCGGCGGGAUCCGCAAGGGGGCACCGCCCGAGUUUGAGGGCGAUAAAAAUCCCAAGACGGGGGAGAUCGGGGGACCCAAGAAUGAGCCGUUGCGGUGGGGCGCCGGUGGGGAUUGGAGUUAUAAUGGACGGGUUACGGAUUUUUGAGACGGCUGACCGAAAAGGUUGGACAUGGUUUGUUUUUGAAUGGAUGACCCAUUAGAAGAAAAGGGGGGAGGAGGAAAUGGUGAGCUAUUGUACUUAUUGGGUAAAUGACGGGGAUGGGUACACUUUGGUUUGUUAAGUGAUGGAUAGAUGGGAUGAAUGGGCUCAUGGGCUGUACGAUAGAUAGGAGCGAGCGAAUGAGUGGUGUCAACUUUUGGGUAAGCGAACAGAUACAGGAAUGUUUACGUACCUAUGUAUGUCCACAAAAUAUCGAGAGUAAAUGAACGUUUUGGAUACAUCCAAAGCAUCUUAGCGGGCGGCCAGAGCUGCUGGGAAUUCCCCCAUCAUGAACACGAUUCAAUCCAGAC